GAAAUGUUUUAUCAUAUAUCUUUGGAACAUGAAAUUUUACUUCACCCAAGGUACUUUGGUCCCAACCUCUUAAAUACAGUGAAGCAGAAGCUUUUUACUGAAGUGGAGGGUACUUGUACCGGAAAGUAUGGUUUUGUCAUCGCAGUCACGACCAUUGAUAACAUCGGCGCAGGAGUCAUCCAGCCGGGCAGAGGGUUUGUUUUGUACCCAGUCAAGUACAAGGCAAUUGUGUUCCGGCCAUUCAAAGGGGAAGUGGUGGAUGCUGUAGUGACUCAGGUUAACAAGGUCGGUUUGUUCACAGAAAUUGGACCCAUGUCAUGUUUCAUCUCCCGUCACUCCAUCCCUUCAGAAAUGGAGUUUGAUCCCAAUUCUAAUCCACCAUGUUACAAGACAGUUGAUGAGGACAUUGUGAUCCAGCAAGAUGAUGAGAUCAGGCUGAAGAUUGUGGGAACGAGAGUCGACAAAAAUGAUAUUUUUGCAAUUGGAUCCCUCAUGGAUGACUAUCUUGGUGAGUUGUCCGAAUACAUAAAUGCAUUGUGA